AUGGAUGAUCCAUCUGUGGAUACCAACGCAAAUACGCCUGCGGGAAAUAGUAGUACACCGGCAACAGCCAAUGUGUCUUUAGCGGAUUUAGAUACGUUUGUUGCUUAUUUGAAACGGGUUUGUGCGCCAAUACUUGAUUCAUCAUUAGAGAAUACGAAUGAUAUCGAACGCUUGUUUACUGAUCGGGCAUCUAUUGAUUGCAUUAAGAAAUUUAUCAGUGACCCUCAAUGUCAAACGUUGUUGGUUUCGAAAACAAUCACGUUGAAAGAAGAUCCAUCGGUAAACGAAGGUGAUUCAACGGCGAAUGCAAGUGGUGACUCAUCUGCGAUCAACUCUGCGCCAUUAGCGUCAACAUCCAACGGAAUGUAUGCCCUUUCAACCGAGGUUCAUUAUAUGAACCCGAAAAUGCUUUCGUUAGUUGUUCUUAAACGCGGCCAAUUGAUUGAAAGUGAUAAAAAAUUCCAUACACAAUUACGAAUCAUAAAUUUAAUCGAUUCAAGUCCGUAUGAAACUCUACAUGCGUACAUCUCUCAUGUUAUUGGACCGUACUUCAAAUCUUAUGUUCGAGAAUCUGGCAAAAGUGAACGGGAUGGUGAUAAAAUGGCACCAACAAUGGAAAAGAAAAUCACCGAAUUAGAAAUGGGUUUACUUCAUCUACAACAAAAUAUAGAAAUUCCGGAAGUGAAUCUCGCUAUACAUCCAAUUGUUAGUCAAGUUGUGCAAAAAUGUGGCGAAGAAAAUCGUCGACCAAAGGUGGAUGAUUUCAGUGAAUAUUUAGAUAAUACGGAUUUUCUUAAUUCGCUCCAAUCGCAUGUCAAUCGUUGGGUACGAGAAAUUCAACGUGUUACCAAACUUGACCAAGAUCCAAUGAAAGGUUCAACUCGACAGGAAAUCUCCUUUUGGCUCAAUCUUGAACGUGCGUUGACACGUAUUCAAGAAAAACGAGAAUCCGUUGAAGUCCAAUUAACAUUCGAUAUCUUAAGAACUGUAAAGCGCUUUCACGCCACAGUUGGUUUUGAUAAUGAUACUGGUCUUAAAUCAGCUAUGGACACCGUGAAAGACCAUUCAGUAUUAAUGAAAGAUUUUCCAAUCAAUGAUCUUCUCUCUGCGAAUGAAUUAGAUAAAAUUCGUACAGCAUUGACAACCAUAUUUCAACAUUUGAAAAAACUUCGUAAUACACGUUAUCCAGUUAGUCGUGCAGGACGAUUGAUGGAAGCUGUUUCACAAGAUUUAAUGCAGCAAAUGUUAAAAGUAUUAAACACCUAUCGUCUCAUGCAUAUCGGUUACGCUGACUUUGAACGAAUUAUGAAACAAUGUGAUGAUGUUUUUGCCACGUGGGAUGAUGAAUACGAACGACUAUCAACGCAAGUACGUGACGUUCGUCGUACAGUUCGUACCAGUGAGGUUCGAAUGGCUUGGCGGGUUUCGUUAUCACAUAAGAAGUUACAACAACGAUUAGAUCAUAUGAAGCGUUUUCGUAAACAACAUGAACAACUUCGGUCAGUUAUUGAUCGAGUUUUACUCCAACCAGUUCCGACAUCGCUUCAGAGUCAAUUGUCGAUGAACGACGAACAAGACAAAGAAAAUAACCCAGCGUCAACCAACGGACAAACAAACGACAAUCGUCAGGCGAUCACUGCCGCGAAUGUUUUGAAUGAUGUCAAUGCUAUCGACGAAGUGAACAUGGCUUAUGAAAGUGUCAAGGAAGUCGAUGCACUUGAUGUGAGCAAAGAAGGACAAGAUGCAUGGGAGCUCGCAAUGAAACGUUACGAUGCACGUAUUGAUCGCGUGGAAGCUCGUAUAACAUCUUUAUUACGUGAUCAACUUGGGACAGCAAAGAAUGCCAAUGAGAUGUUUCGAAUCUUCUCACGUUUUCACGAGUUAUUCGUUCGACCGCACAUUGGUGGUGCCAUACGCGAAUAUCAAACUCAAUUGAUUCAACGUGUCAAAGAUGACAUCGAAUCUUUACAUGAAAAGUUCAAACAGCAAUACAUUCACUCGAAAGCCAAUCGAAUUAGCCGUUGUAGUGACCUACCACCAACAAGCGGCUCGAUCAUUUGGGCAAAACAAAUUGAAAAACAAUUGAAUACAUAUUUAAGACGUGUUGAACAUGUUCUCGGACGAAGUUGGGAACAACAUGUUGAAGGUCAACGUUUAAAACAAGAUGGCGAUAAUUUUCGUAGUAAACUUAAUACGCAACCAUUAUUCGAAGAAUGGACAAAGAAUGUUCAGCAGAAAAAUCAUGGUUUAACAGGCAAAAUCUUUGCAACAGAAUCAACUCGAACAUUGCAUGGUUUAGUUACACGAUUGAAAGUCAAUUUCUCACCGGAGAUUAUAAUGUUGUCCAAAGAAGUGCGAAAUAUUCGUGCAUUGGGUUUCCGUGUUCCAUUGCCAAUUAUAAACAAAUCUCACCAAGCAAAUGUUUUAUAUCCAUUUGCUGUUUCGUUAAUCGAAAGUGUUCGAACAUAUGACAACGCCAUUACAAAACUUGCGGAUCGUCCAUCGUCUCAAUUGCUUGUUGCAUCACUUAAGCGUGAUAUUCAAUCACACAUUAACGAAGGUGCAAAUUACGUUUGGGAAUCCUACCGUUUAGAACCAUUCGUACACAAAUUCUCCGAGGCGAUUUAUACAUUUCAAGAACGUGUUGAUGAGCUGAUUUCAGUUGAAAAUUCCAUUGAUUUAGAAUUGAAAUCUCUUGAUACGUGCGCAUAUAAACAGCAAUCCUUCCAAGAUAUUCUGGGCAAAAUUCAGAAGUCGGUUGAUGAUUUGUCUCUUCGUUUAUAUUCGAAUUUAGCACAAUGGGUCCAACAGUUAGAUGAACAGAUCGAAAAGAAACUAGCCAUUCGACUUCAAAACGCUAUUGUUCUCUGGACAAACGCAUUAAAACAAGGAAAUAACGAAGAAAAUCAAUUCGAUGAUCAACAUCGUCGACGACGAAGUACAUUCGCGGAUGAAGACGAUCUUUCAACAUCAAAUAAACCCAACAAUGAUCUUCCAGCUAUUCGAACGUUAUUGCAUCAGAUUCGUACGAGUAAUCAACUACUCUACGUUUCACCACCAAUGAACGAUGCACGCGAACAAUUAAUCCUCGAAUUGUACGAAUACGAAGGUACGAUCACCAAUCAAAAACGUAUUCAACAUUCGCGUUAUCAGCUCGGUAUUGAAUCCGAAUCGGAAUACAAGACAACAUUUAAGAGUUUACUAAACAAAUUACCAAUGAAUUCGAAACCACUAGAAGAUGCUUAUGAAACAAUCGAAUCGCUAGUCACCGCCGCUGAUGAUUACGUCAAUACAUGGUUAGAUUUUCAAUCUCUAUGGGAUUUACAAACUGAUCAACUCUAUGCACAUCUUGAUAAAGAUAUUUCGAACUGGAUGGCUUGUUUGAACGAAAUGAAGGAUGCACGAAAAACAUUUGAUACUCAAGAAACAUUGAAACACUUCGGACCGAUCACAAUCGAUUAUAAUAAAGUUCAAACAAAAGUUACGAUGAAAUACGAUUCGUGGCAUAAGGAAGUUCUUUCGAAGUUCGGUACGAUGCUCUCUCAAGAUAUGCACGAAUUUCAUGCACAUGUUAGUAAAGCACGAACGGAUUUAGAAUCUCAAUCGUUAGAAGCAUCGACAACAGGUGAAGCGGUCGGAGUGAUAACUUAUGUUCAAGCAUUGAAACGUAAAAUGAAAAAUUGGGAAAAACAAGUGGAAGAAUACAAAGAUGCACAGAAGAUUCUCGAACGGCAACGGUAUCAAUUCCCAUCGAAUUGGCUGUAUGUUGAUAACGUCGAAGGUGAAUGGGGUGCUUUUAAUGAAAUUCUCGGACGGAAAAAUUCCUCGAUUCAAAAUCAAGUGGUUCAACUACGAAAUAAAAUCACUGCCGAAGAUAAAAUUGUUGAAACACGUACUAGUGAUCUUUUGUCCGAAUGGGAGAAAGAUAAACCUGUCGCUGGUCAUAUAAAUCCCGAAGAAGCUCUAGCACAAUUAGCAACCUACGAUGUGAAAUUAAUGAAAUUGAAAGAAGAACGUGACAACAUUAUCAAAGCUAAAGAAGCUUUAGAAAUCAGCGAAAGUUCGUCAUCAACCACCCAAUCCGCACAAAACCGCGUUCGUGUUCAGGUCGCCCUUGAAGAAUUACUAGAUCUGAAAGGUGUUUGGAACGAACUUAUGUUAAUCUGGAAGCAAAUCAACGAACUCAAAGAAAAACAAUGGAUCACAAUUCAACCGCGCAAACUUCGUCAAUCACUCGAAGAAUUGGUUCAACAGUUAACCAAUCUUCCUCAACGUUUACGUCAAUACGAUUCGUAUCAACAUGUUAAGAAUGUUUUACAACAGUUCAUCAAAGUAAACAUUCUCGUUACGGAAUUGAAAUCUGAAGCAUUGAAAGAACGACAUUGGAAACAGUUGAUGAAGCGGAUGUCGAUCAUAUGGAAUGUGAAUGAUAUGACAUUAGGGCAAGUUUGGUCGAUUGACUUGCAAAGACACGAACCGAUCAUUCGAGAAAUUUUGACAAUAGCUCAAGGUGAAAAGGCUUUAGAAGAAUUUUUGAAACAAGUUAGCGAAAUCUGGAAGACUUAUCAAUUGGAAUUGAUUAACUAUCAACAAAAAUGUAAAGUUAUCAAAGGUUGGGAUGAUCUAUUCAAUAAAAUCAAAGAACAUAUCAAUUCGAUCACAGCAAUGAAAUUAUCUCCGUAUUUUAAAGAAUUCGAAGAAGAAGCCAAUGUUUGGGAAGAUCGUCUCAAUCGUAUCAAUGCACUCUUUGAUGUUUGGAUUGAUGUUCAACGACGAUGGGUUUAUCUCGAUGGAAUCUUUGGCUCAAGUGUUGAUAUCAAACAUCUGUUACCAGUCGAAACCAGUCGAUUUCAAAGUGUAUCAACUGAAUUUCUAUCGUUAAUGAAACGUGUCAGUAAAUCACCGUUGGUUAUGGAUGUUUUGAACAUACAAGGUGUGCAAAAGACCUUAGAACGCUUAGCAGAACUAUUAGCUAAGAUACAAAAAGCUCUCGGAGAGUAUCUCGAACGUGAACGUGCAUCGUUUCCACGAUUUUACUUCGUUGGUGAUGAAGAUUUACUUGAAAUUAUUGGUAAUAGUAAAAAUAUUGGCCGAUUACAAAAACAUUUCAAGAAAAUGUUCGCUGGCGUUCAUACAUUGUUAAUGAAUGAAGAUAAUACAAUUGUACUUGGUGUGGUUUCAAAAGAAGGAGAAGAAGUUCACUUUUAUUCGCAAAUUUCGAUUAUGGACUCAUCGAUUAACGAAUGGCUGACAAAAGUAGAGAAAGAGAUUAGUUUAACUCUCGCAAAAUUGCUUUCACGAGCCAUUCCGGAAUUAAUUAAAAUUCAAGAGAAUCUCGAAGAUACAAAUGCAUUUAUCAAAUGGCUUGAUCAAUAUCAGGCACAAUUGGUUGUACUUGCAUUUCAAGUUUCUUGGUCGGAGAAUGUCGAAAAACUUCUGGAACAAAAAUCGAAAAAUCCCAAUAAUGAUUUAUUACCCAGUGCAUUGCAACGAAUUGAAUCCACGUUGGGAAUUUUAGCGAGUAUGGUUCUCGCUGAUCAACCAACAGUUCGUCGACGAAAGCUUGAACAUUUGAUCAUCGAACAUGUUCAUAAACGCGAUUGUACACGUGCAUUGAUUGAAAAGAGCAUUGGCGAUGCCAGAAACUUCGAAUGGCUUUCACAAAUGCGUCUCUAUUUCGAUCCGAGCAAUACAAACGUUCUUGAACAAUUAAAAAUUCGCAUGGCGAAUGCAGAAUUUCACUAUGGUUUCGAAUAUCUCGGUAUACAAGAUCGUCUAGUUCAAACACCAUUAACUGAUCGAUGUUUCUUAACGAUGACACAGGCGUUAAAUGCUAAAUUCGGUGGAUCACCAUUUGGUCCUGCCGGUACGGGUAAAACAGAGUCAGUAAAAGCAUUGGGUCAUGCUCUUGGUCGGUUCGUACUUGUCUUCAAUUGUGAUGAGUCUUUUGACUUUCAAGCAAUGGGACGUCUUUUUACUGGUCUCUGUCAAGUUGGUGCCUGGGGUUGUUUUGAUGAAUUCAAUCGUUUGGAAGAACGAAUGUUAUCCGCUGUUUCCCAACAAAUUCAAACAAUUCAAGAAGCAUUACGAGAAUUGACACAUACUGAUAACAAAACUACACAAAAGAUCGAACUCGUUGGCAAAUCUGUUUCUGUCAAUCCAAACAUGGCCAUAUUCAUCACGAUGAAUCCUGGUUAUGCUGGUCGAUCAAAUCUACCAGACAACUUGAAAAUGUUAUUCCGUAGUUUAGCUAUGACUGUUCCGGAUAAAGUUCUGAUUGCUCAAGUUAUGCUUUAUUCACAAGGUUUUCGUCAAGCUGAAUUACUCGCAUCGAAAAUUGUGCCACUAUUUACUCUCUGUAGCGAACAAUUAUCUCAACAAUCUCACUACGAUUUCGGCUUACGUGCUUUGAAGAAUGUUCUUGUGAUGGCUGGCAAUUUGAAACGCGAUCGUAUUAAAACUGAUGAUCAAAAGAAUGAAAGCGAGCAAGAAAUUGUCAUUCAAGCCAUUAUGGACAGUUUUGUGCCUCGAUUAGUCGCUGAUGAUUUAGUACUAUUGAAUAGUUUGUUGAAUGAUGUGUUUCCACGAGCAGCGUAUGUUCGACCGGAAAUGACACAAUUGAAAGAAGAAAUCCAGAAAGUUUCCAAGGAAAUGUUUUUGGUUUGCGAUGAAUUAUGGAUGGAAAAAGUCCUACAGCUCUAUCAAAUCAUUAAUCUAAAUCACGGUUUGAUGUUAGUUGGACCAUCGGGUUGCGGUAAAACAACGGCAUGGAGAGUUCUCCUCACAGUUUUGAAUCGACUGGAAAAUUCCGAUGGACAAGCACAUGUUAUUGAUCCCAAAGCGAUUUCCAAAGAUGAUCUGUACGGCUUUCUCGAUCAAAAUACACGUGAAUGGACCGAUGGUUUAUUUACUCAUAUUCUCCGUAAGAUAAUCGACAAUGUCCGUGGUGAAUUAAGUAAACGUCAAUGGAUCAUUUUUGACGGCGACGUCGAUCCAGAAUGGGUUGAAAAUUUAAACUCUGUUCUCGAUGAUAACAAACUUCUCACAUUACCCAAUGGUGAACGUCUCAAUCUCCCACCGAAUGUGCGCGUUAUGUUCGAGGUUCAAGAUCUCCGAUAUGCAACUUUAGCCACCGUCUCACGUUGCGGCAUGAUCUGGUUUAGCGAAGAUGUUCUUUCAUUAUCGAUGAUAUUCGAAAAUUAUUUUCUUCGUACACAAAAUGUUGCAGUUAGUGAUGACGAUGUUGAACCAACGAGUUUUCUUACCAGUGGAACAACGACAAAUGAUAAUAGUCAAACAUCAUCAGCAACAAUUACUCUACAACGCGCAAUUGUUCAAAUUCUAAAACCACAUUUUCAACAUGAGAAUAGUCUCGUCAUCAAAGCACUAGAUUUUGCGCUAACUCAAGAACAUAUCAUGGACUUUACACGUUUACGUCCAUUGAAUUCCCUAUUUUCGAUGUUAAAUCAAGGUAUAAGAAACAUUCUGAAAUAUAAUCAAACUCAUCCAGAUUUUCCCAUGUCACAACAACAAAUCGAACUUUACAUUACACGCUGGUUGAUUUAUUCACUUCUUUGGUCAUUUGUUGGCGAUUGUAAAUCAAAAAUUCGACACGAAUUUGGCGAAUAUGUUCGAGCAAUAACAACCAUUCAAAUGCCACCGAAUCAAAAUGUGCCAUUGAUCGAUUAUGAAGUUACCAUGGAUGGAGAAUUCUCACCGUGGAUAUCCAAAGUGCCUUCGAUCGAAAUCGAAACACAUCGCGUUGCAGCAACGGAUUUAGUUAUCCCAACAAUCGACACAAUAAGACAUGAAACUCUAUUAAAUACUUGGUUAGCUGAACAUAAACCGUUAGUUCUAUGCGGACCGCCUGGUAGUGGAAAGACAAUGACAUUAUUCAGUGCACUACGUGCUUUACCUGAUUUCGAAGUUGUUGGUUUGAACUUUUCGUCUGCAACUACACCGGAACUAAUGCUGAAAACAUUCGAUCAUUACUGUGAAUACCGCAAGACGCCGAAUGGUCUUGUCUUAGCACCAAUACAAUUGAAUUCUUGGAUAAUUGUCUUUUGCGAUGAAAUCAAUUUACCUGAUGAAGAUAAAUAUGGUACACAACGUGUCAUUUCAUUCAUUCGGCAAAUUCUCGAACAUGGAGGGUUCUAUCGAACAUCGGAUCAACAAUGGGUUAAACUCGAACGUUUACAAUUCGUUGGCGCUUGUAAUCCGCCAACGGAUCCAGGCCGAAAACCACUUUCGCAUCGAUUCCUUCGCCAUGUCCCGGUAAUCUACGUCGAUUAUCCAGGUGAAACAUCACUAAAGCAAAUUUACGGCACAUUCAAUCGUGCUAUGCUGCGCAUUGUUCCUUCAUUGAAACCGUGGGCUGACUCAUUAACAAAUGCUAUGGUAGAAUUUUAUCUUCUCUCUCAAGAGCGCUUCACAGUUGAUAUGCAACCACAUUAUAUUUAUUCUCCACGUGAAAUGACACGAUGGGUUCGUGGUAUUUGCGAAGCGAUUCGACCAUUGGAAAGUUUAACAGUCGAAGGACUUGUUCGCUUAUGGGCACAUGAAGCUUUACGUUUAUUUCAAGAUCGUCUUGUUGGCGACGAUGAACGAAAGUGGACUGAGGAACAUAUCGAUUCCACUGCACGCAAACAUUUUCCAAAUAUUGACCAUCUCACUGCUCUGCAACGACCAAUUUUGUAUUCGAAUUGGUUAUCAAAAGAUUAUUUACCCAUCGAUCAAGAAAAACUUCGUGAAUAUGUUCGUGCUCGUUUGAAAAUCUUCUACGAAGAAGAAUUAGACGUUCAACUCGUCUUAUUCAAUGAAGUUCUCGAUCAUGUUUUACGCAUCGAUCGUGUCUUUCGUCAACCACAAGGUCACGUCCUAUUGAUUGGUGUUAGUGGAAGUGGAAAAACCACUUUGUCACGAUUUGUCGCCUGGAUCAAUGGUUUACACGUGUUUCAAAUCAAAGUUCACAAUAAAUACACUUCACAAGAUUUCGAUGAAGAUUUACGAAACGUUCUUCGACGUAGUGGUUGCAAAGGAGAAAAAAUUGCGUUUAUAUUAGAUGAAUCCAACAUGUUAGACUCGUCAUUUCUCGAACGUAUGAACACACUGUUAGCCAACGGUGAAGUGCCGGGAUUGUUUGAGGGUGAUGAAUAUUCAACAUUGAUGACUCAAUGUAAAGAAGGUGCACAACGAGAUGGAUUAAUGUUGAAUUCUCCUGAAGAACUGUAUAAAUGGUUUACAAAUGAAGUUAUCAAAAAUCUCCAUGUCGUUUUUACAAUGAAUCCAUCGUCGGAAGGCUUGAAGGAUCGAGCUGCCACAUCACCAGCCUUGUUCAAUCGUUGUGUUCUCAACUGGAUGGGUGAUUGGUCAUUACAAGCACUACAUCAAGUCGGAAAAGAGUUUACAAAUAGCAUUGAUCUAGAAUCGGCCUCAUCGUCGAACAGUACGCCAAAUGAUCGUGAAGCGGUGAUUGAAUCGUUUGUUUAUGUCCAUCAAACUUUACAACAAGUUAAUGUGAAGUUACAAAAGAAAGGUUCACGUACAAUGUUCAUCACUCCACGACAUUUUAUUGAUUUUAUCAAUCACUUCGUUAAACUCUACCACGAAAAACGUGCAGGUUUAGAAGACGAACAACUACAUUUGAAUAAAGGUCUGGAGAAAAUCAAAGAGACCAUGAAAGAUGUCGAAGAUCUGCAGAAAAGCUUAGCAAUCAAACGUAAUGAAUUAGAACAGAAAAACACCGCUGCUAAUCUUAAACUCAAGGAAAUGAUCAAAGAUCAACAAGAAGCGGAAAAACAAAAGAUCACCAGUCAAGAAUUACAAACACGUUUACAAGAACAAUUGAAAGAAAUCGCAAUAAACAAACAACAAGUCACCAGUCAAUUAGAAAAUGUUGAACCAGCUGUUAUCGAAGCUCAACAAGCAGUGAAAGGAAUCAAACGUCAGCAUUUAGUUGAAAUACGUAAUUUACCAAAUCCACCUCCAUUGGUUAAAUUAGCUUUGGAAGGCAUUUGCCUUUUACUCGAUCAAGAAACAACUGACUGGAAGACCAUUCGUGGUGUGAUCAUGAAAGAUGAUUUCAUCAAUACGAUUAUUCAAUUUAAAACUGAAAAUGUACAAGAAGAAAAUCGAGAAAAGAUGCGCACACGAUAUAUCUCCAAUCCGGAUUUCACGUAUGAAAAAGUCAAUCGAGCAUCUCAAGCUUGUGGUCCUAUGGUGAAAUGGGCACGAGCUCAACUUGAUUACGCGGAUAUGCUUCAUCAAGUUGAACCAUUACGAAACAAACUACAACAACUAGAAGAUGAUGCGAACGUUAAUCGUGUCAAAGCUGAUGAAUUGAUCAAAUUAAUCGAAAAUUUGGAAAAAUCCAUUACACAAUAUAAAUUAGAGUAUGCAGAUUUGAUUGCUCAAGCUCAAGCAAUUAAAACUGAUUUGACCAAUGUCGAAUCGAAAGUCGAACGUUCAGUCGCUUUACUGAAAUCUUUAUUCGCCGAACAACAACGUUGGGAAUUGACAAGUCAAUCAUUUCUUACCCAAAUCUCGACAAUGGUGGGUGAUGUUUUACUAUGCUCAGCAUUCAUGGCCUAUGCUGGCUAUUACGAUCAAAUUACUCGCCAGCAGUUAUUCAAUACAUGGAUCCAUCAGUUAGAUCAAAAGAAGAUUAAUUUUCAUCAUCAGUUGGCUCGUGUGGAAUAUUUAUCAAAUGCCGAUGAACGGCUAAGAUGGCAAGCGAAUUCUUUACCUGUCGAUGAUCUAUGUACGGAGAAUGCUAUUAUGCUCAAACGUUUCAAUCGUUUUCCGUUAAUCAUCGAUCCGAGUGGACAAGCAGCAGAAUUUAUCAUGAAUGCAUAUCAAGAUAAGAAGAUCACCAAGACAAGUUUUCUCGAUGAUUCGUUCCGAAAGAAUCUCGAGUCAGCACUUCGAUUUGGCAAUCCACUAGUCGUGCAAGACGUCGAACGCUACGAUCCAAUAUUAAAUCCUGUACUCAAUCGUGAGGUCCGUCGUACCGGUGGCCGAACACUGAUCACGAUUGGUGAUCAAGAUAUUGAUUUAUCGCCUGCAUUCAUCAUCUUUCUCUUUACUCGCGAUCCGUCCGUGGAGUUUCCACCCGAUAUUUGUUCACGUGUAACAUUUGUGAACUUCACUGUGACACGGGCGUCAUUACAAUCUCAAUGCUUAUCGCAAGUGCUCAAAGUCGAGCGACCUGACGUCGACGAGAAGCGUCGCGAUCUAUUGAAAUUACAAGGUGAAUUCCAGCAACGAUUGAGACAUUUGGAAAAAGACCUCUUGGAAUCAUUGAACAACGUCAAAGGGCGCAUCUUAGAUGAUGAUACCAUCAUCACACGUUUAGAAACAUUGAAACGUGAAGCAUUUGAUAUCACGAAAAAAGUUCAAGAAACCGAUCAAAUCAUGAAAGAAAUCGAGAAUGUCUCCAAACAAUAUUACACGUUAUCCGUCGCAUGUUCGUCUAUCUAUUUCACCAUGGAAUCAUUAAAUCAAGUUCAUUUUCUCUACCAAUUCUCGUUACAAUUCUUCUUCGAAAUGUUUAAUGCGAUCUUUACUAACAAUACACAUCUAAUUAAUAAAACUGAUUCACUCGAACGCUUACAAAUCAUCACGUAUGACUUAUUCCAAAUGAUUUACACGCGUAUUGCAUUAGGAAUGUUACACGAAGAUCGAAUUGUCCUCGCACUUAUUCUCGCGCGAAUCUAUUUGAAAACAUUGAAUAAUGAACCCAACUACGAUGAAGAAUACGAUGUUCUGAUACGUGGCAGUAGCUCAACGACGAAUUCGAAACGAGAUCAAGUGACAAUCGAAGGUUUAACACAACAACAGACCGAUUCAAUGACGAAACUAUCGAAAUUAGCAGCAUUCAAGAAUCUUCAAUCGCAAGUUCUAUCGAAUCCAGAUUUUCCCAAAUGGGUCGAAGAGAUCAAUCCAGAAUUGAAUGUUCCACAUCUAUGGUCUGAACUAACGCCAUUGACUCCAAUUGGAAAAAUAUUUCAUCAGUUGUUAAUGAUUCAAGUUUUUCGUCCGGAUCGAUUUCUAUCUGCGGCGCGAAUUUUUGUUUCGAAUGUCUUCAGCGAAGCAUUCCUCUCCGCUGCUGAUCAAGUUCUCGAUCUCGGCCCGAUCGUCGAACAUGAGAUCGUUUCAAAUAAACCAAUUUUAAUGUGUUCAGUGCCUGGUUAUGAUGCCAGCUCACGUGUAGAAGAUCUAGCAACACAAACGAAUCAACAAUUAAUUUCCAUAGCUAUCGGUUCCGCCGAAGGUUUUAAUCAAGCUGAAAACGCCAUUGCCUCAAGCGCCCGGCAAGGAAGAUGGGUUUUAUUAAAAAAUGUUCAUCUCGCUCCACAAUGGUUAAUUACGUUAGAGAAACGUCUUCAUGCUAUGCCUGCGCAUAAUCAAUUCCGACUGUUUUUAUCCAUGGAAAUUCAUCCGAAGUUACCAUCGAAUUUACUCCGAAUGGGUCGAAUCUUUGUUUACGAACCUGCUCCAGGUAUCAAAGCGAAUUUAUUACGAACGUUUUCAACCAUCUCCGCCAUGCGUAUGAACAAGACUCCAAAUGAACGUUCACGUCUCUAUUUUCUUCUUGCAUGGUUUCAUGCUGUUAUCCAAGAACGUCUUCGUUAUGUUCCACUCGGUUGGUCGAAACAUUAUGAAUUUACUGAAGCUGAUCUUAAAUGCGCGUUGGAUACGAUUGACAUCUGGAUUGAUUUAAUCGCCAUGGGUCGUACAAAUCUUCCGAUUGAUAAGAUUCCGUGGGAAGCGUUGCGUACACUUCUCUCUCAAUGCAUCUACGGUGGUCGUAUCGACAAUCCGUUUGAUCAACGUUUAUUAAACGGUUUUCUCUCGAAAUUAUUCUCGUUAACGUCAUUAAACACCGAUAUGAAAUUGAUUAUUGAAGAACAGGAUGAAAAAUCGCAACAGCCACUCGUUGUUACUAUGCCGGAUGGUGUUAAACGCGAACAAUUCAUCACUUGGAUCGAACAAACUCUACGUACAUUAAUUCAACAACCAUCCUGGCUUGGUUUACCAAAUAAUGCCGAAGUUGUUCUCUUAACAACUCGUGCUCGGGAUACUUUAGCUAAAUUAUUGAAAAUGUCAUCGGUAGCCACAAACGAUGAUGAAGAUCUGGCUGACAGUAUUCUUACCGAUCAAACGGAUUCCACAAGUCAACGCAAAAUAUCAGGAGAUGGAAGUGACAGUCGACCGACGUGGAUGAAACAAUUACACGAAUCAUGUUUAACAUGGUUGAAAUUGUUACCAACAAAAGUCACAACAAUGCGACGAACAGCGGAAAAUAUCAAAGAUCCAUUGUUCAGAUUCUUUGAACGAGAAGUGAAUACAGGUUCGAAAUUACUAACAGUUGUUCAAUCAGAUUUACGAGACAUAAUCGCCGUCUGUGAAACUAAAAAGAAACAAACAAACUAUCAUCGUCAGUUGAUUAGCGACUUAAUCAAAGGUGUUAUUCCACAACCAUGGAAACGAUACACCGUACCGAAAAAUCUGACAGUUAUUCAAUGGAUCACAGAUUUCAGUGAGCGCGUUAAACAACUUGAAUCCAUAUCAAAAUUAGUUGCCGAUCAAGGAUACAAAUCACUAAAAUCAUGUCCGAUCUGGCUUGGUGGAUUAUUUACACCUGAAGCAUAUGUCACCGCCUCACGUCAAUGUGUAGCUCAAACAAAUCAAUGGUCACUUGAAGAACUUGUUCUCCAAGUUAUUGUACAAGAUUCCACCGAGCAACAACAAUCCCUUCAAGAUGAAUGUACAUUCGCCAUUCGUGGCCUUCGUUUACAAGGUGCCAAAUGUCGAGCAAAUAAACUCUAUCUUUCGUCAUCAAUCUCCACUGAAUUGAAUUUAACGUUGUUUAAAUGGAUUCGCGCAACGGAAAAGAAAACACAAACUAACUCAAUGAUAACAUUACCGGUUUAUUUGAAUCCAACACGUAGCGAAUUGUUGUUUACGAUUGAAUUAGAAUCAGCAGAUAAUUCAUUAAAUGAAUUCGAUUUUUAUGAACGCGGUGUAGCCGUACUUGCAUCAGCACUUGCUUAA